CCCCUUCCAUAUUGAGAAAGUGAGGAUUUGGAGGGCUUUCUAUGAUUGCAAUAUAUACCUUCUUUGCACUCCAUCUUCUUGGGGCUCAAUCUGCUUCUCUGACUUCAACAGCUCCUCAUCGAUUGAAACUAAAUCCUGCAGCCAACAUGGCCACUGAAAAAAGACUGUCUGCAAGGCGUAAACAUACUCUGAAGAGCUGUAUGCUAGUUGUUGCAAACAAUUUACUGGAGGCAGAGUCUCAGGUGAAGGCCACAGAGAGAGAGAAGUUCCUGGCAGAGAAAUGUCCUCCCUUGGAUGUGCCAUACUCCAGGGAAGAGCUAAUGGAACUUUGCCAGAAACUCCAUCAGCAAAUCAACAUCAGUGAAGAGGAGAGAUACUGUACAGAGUUUAAACUGAACAUGGUCCUCAAUGAGGUUAGAGACCUAAACAUCAAGAUUGUGGAUCUCAGAGGAAAGUUCAAAAGACCCCGACUGAAGAAGGUGCGUAUGUCUGCUGAUGCCAUGCUGAAGGCUUUGCUGGGCUCUAAACACACCGUUAACAUGGACUUGAGGGCAAACCUGAAGCAAGUCAAGAAGGAGGUUAAAGAGGAGGACAAGCAGCUGCGUGAUGUGGGAGACUGGCGCAAGAACAUUGAAGACAAGUCUGACAGGAAGAAGAUGUUUGACAGUUAAAAUGAUCUAUCAAUGGCUCAUUAGAACAACUCAGAAUCAUUAUUUUGAGGUUGUGUUAAGAGGUCGUAAGUUUUCUUAGAGACUAAAUUUGUAACUUUUUAAAACAGACAAUAGCUGUAGACCUACUGCUGUCAGAGAGGGACCUCUGAUGUAUUAUAUUCUGGUAGAAUUUACCUUCGGUUCCUCUUGUUUUGGUCAAUUUCGGAAGGGUUGAAAUAGAGUUGAAACAUUGCAUUUAAAAGGAAUAACUACUUCUCACUGGAAGAUCUCUGAAAGGUAAAAAAA